UGGCCAUCUUGUAUCGACGUUCCGGUCACCAGGCAGCAACUACUACUGUUUGGAAAAAUGGGGCCUAAAACAAUCAAAAAGUUAACCGGGGAAACCAAUGCGAACCCUGAGAUAUCCGCACUCAAAACACAAGCGGAACUGUUGGACACCCAGGAGCUUUCUGAUAUGUUACAGCAGCAACUAACCGGCGAAAUUGGACCAAGCGGCAUCGAAUUCAUUUCCAUUGAUUAUGAAAAUGAUGAAGUUGACAUUGAGAAAAUACAUGAACAAGAAGAAAUCGAUAAUAGCGAUAAACAAGAAAAAGAAGGAACAUACUUCGAAUACUUAGAAGAAAUGGAUAGUUUUGAUGUCGCGGAAAUGAACACACAUUAACCCAACGAGAGUCUGAAGGACAUGGAAGAGGAUCCAAACGAGAACACAACGAUUAGACUUAAGGAAAAAGUAGCUCGUCUUAACGCAAGGAUCAGGGAAUAAAAUAAAAAGAUCGUUAAACUAAAAGCGGAGAAAUUAGCUUCAGAUAAUCACGCUCUACGACUGUCAAAAAAAAAUACAGAUGAUGAAAGAUUCAAACAACACUCAGACGGUUGAAUUCACAGAGACAGACGGAAUUGACUCAACAAAAAAGGAACUGAAGGAGUUGUCAGAUCGAUCGGCAACCGACAGCAUCUUUAGCGGGUUACUGCUGAUGAAGCUAGUCAACGCAGAGCAACUAAUUAAAACAAGUGUAACAGGCAAACCAUGCCAACGAUUUGCCAAGGCUAGAAACCCGAAUGGUACAAUGGCAUAUCCUGCAGGGGAAAAGAUAUGCCCCAAAAUAUUUGAAUUCAUCUGCAUCAGUUUUAAAAAUUGAAAAAUGAGGUACAUCGCCGCUUUUUGCAAGAAUAAAACACCAAAUUCGUUUGAAAACGUGGUGUUUUUCCGCUUUCCCAAACAACCUGAAGUGAGACAGAAGUGGGUUUUAUUUUGUCGUCGGCAAAAUGAAGAUAUCACUGAGAAUUCCAGAAUAUGCAGCCUUCACUUCAAUUAUAACGAUUUGUACGUUGUCAGACAAGGAGGAAAAUUAAUGAUUAAUUCUGGUGCUUUCCCAGUGUUUGAAAAAGUCAUAAACAUUUCUGAUGAUGAUCAAGGUUUUCCGAUUACAAAUAAUGACGGAUGCUCUAGUGUUUCAUCGAAAGGAAUGUUUCAUCGUGAAAAGGAAAUAGAAAAUUCGGCAUCGUAUUCAUCACUUGGUUCGACGGUAACUGCUUGCUCUGACGGUUUUGGAGAAACAGCGUUAGAAUACGAAAAAUUAUCAAAGCAGCCCAAGUGCCGGUACCACAAUAAAAUGUUUUUUGAUUUUAUUUACCUUUUCAGCCAUGAUUUUAGUUUAAUUCAAACCAUUCAAAAGCUAAAACGACGAGAUUGUUCGAAGAACCGCAUUUUGAAAUUACUCCGUAAGCGUAUUACACGGUUGGAAAAGAAAUACCAUGUAUCUAAAGAGGCAGCAUCAAUUCUGUUUAACCCUGAACAGGUAACUUUAAUUAAAAACAGCCUCAAGCGUGUCAGGAAGUGGUCAGAUAAAACAAUGACUGAAAGCUUUGGAGUCAGAUUCGCUUGUGGAACUAAAGGGUAUAAAUAUUUAAGGAACGAAAAGAAAUACCCGUAUCCGUCAGUUCGAACACAGCAGAAGCACCUCGAGAAUUUUCAUUUUGAUUCUGGGAUACUUGAUGAAACAUUUACUUUGUUAUCAAGUAAAGUUGAAAGCAUGACCGAAGCUGAAAGAGAUUGUGGCCUAGUUCUUGAUGAGAUGUCCAUAGAUCAGAGUUUAUCAUUUUGCAGUAACAACAAAAAAUUUUUUGGGGGAGUAACCAUUCCGACACAGUCCGGAAAAGCAACACACGGUCUCGUGAUCAUGUUAGUUGGUAUAGCUAGUCGAUGGAAACAAAUAGCCGCAUAUCAUUUUACGGCGAAUGCGAUUCCUGAUGGUUUUCUGAUGAACAUGGUGCUCGAUAUCAUUCGUAUGUCAGAAAAGAUUGGUUUGAAGGUGCAUUUUGUGACUUCAGAUUGUGGACCAAACAAUAUACGAAUGUGGAACAAUUUCGGUUUGAAACAUGCUAAGUCAAAUGUCCUUGCAGUGCCUCUCUCGACCAUCCAGUACGGACUAAUGACGCAUUUGAGAUUAUCCCUGAUGCUACCCAUGUUUUUAAAUGUAUGGUUCAAGGCUGGGUAAGAAACAGAUUCGUUUACCUAUCAGACGAAACUGUUAAGGGAAAUGGAUUGGCGAAUAAUACGGUCAAUAUAUAUCAUCUUGUAGAUUUGGUUGACUUUGAAAGGAGAAAAGGUCUUAGGAUGGCAUCACGUUUAACGUAUAAGGAUGUGGAUUUUUUAAACAGCAAUAAAUUCGAUGCGAUGAAAGUAGCAACUUCAUAUAAGUUGGUGAACCAUGACGUGGCAGCUACUUUGCGGUUCAUGAGCGCAGAGGCUGAUCUACCCGAACUAUUAACAACAGCUUAUUUUAUAGAAAUAGUUUGGCAAUGGUUCAAGCUCAUGACGUCUCGAAAGCCCGAACUUGCACUGAGUUUUAACAAGAAGGAUUCGUAUAAUCAGUCCAUCGGAUUUUUGCGCCCAUUUAAAAACAUCAUUUUUAAUUGUAAGGUAGGAAUACUCAAAAUCUGGAAGCCAUGGCAAGCGGCAUGUAUAAUGUGCACGAACUCCAUUCUUCGGUUGCAACAUCAUUUCCUUUCGGUUGCUAAGUAUCUGUACCUUUGUACAGCUCGUUUUACUCAAGAUUGCAUAGAAAACAUAUGUUCUCUUCUUCGAUUUAAACAAAAACGACCAACCGCGCUUCAGUUUAAAGACAAUCUAAAAUUACUAACUAUUAGUCAAUUUAUGAUGGAGAUUCCAUCAGCAUCCUGCGAUUACGAGGAACGGCCGUAGUUAAUAAACCUUUUUACGAAUAUCAGAAAUCUUCAUCCGCAUACCAGUAGUGAUGAAAACAAAAAAGAAAAUAUUGGAAUCGAAUUUGAUGUCGCCGUGUAUGAUGACACAAAUUUUGAUAAUUCAGAAAGAAACCAGAUAUAUCACAUAGGUGGUUAUAUUUUGAGAAGUGUGGCUAAAAACUACGCAGUCUGUGAAGCGUGUUUCGCACCAUGCGUGUGUCAAACUCCGUAUUUAAAACAUUAUACGAAGUAUACAAUUUUAAAAGACUAUACAGGAGAAGCAUUGGUGUACUUAUCUGGGCCAGUUUUUCUAUUUUUUGUGGCACUGGAAAACAUUUUUCGCGAAAACAUCACCGAAAUUAUAGUAAAUAACACGAACAUUACAGCUGAGCUGCUCAGAUUGAUGGAUUCAAUUCAAUGUAAAAUUUUCGAAGAUUGUCAUAGCAUACGACGCAAAAUAAUUGAAAGAUUCAUUUGAUUCCGGCUUAGAAUCUACGAACCGCACAAAGUCAGACAUAACAAACAAGAAAGCCGAUCUAUGGCAUUGUAAUUAUUGUAGUUAUUCAUAUCGAAAUAAACGAAUAAAAAUGUUAAAAAAGGA